AUGCGAUUCAAGCGUGUUCCUUUCCCCUUGGGUGUUCCCCGGCCUCGCCUGGUCACCCGUUCAUUUGCAACCUCAUACGUCGAACGGGGCUUCAAGACAUCUGCAGCUGCUCCUUUGGAAGUUCCUAACUUUGCAUUUGCUUUUGAUAUAGAUGGCGUCCUACUACGGGCGUCCAGACCUCUCCCAGGUGCUUCGCAGUCCCUAUCUCUCCUACAGAAACAACGGAUACCAUUUAUUCUACUUACAAACGGAGGUGGUAUGUCGGAACGAGAAAGGAUUGCGCAGUUGAAUGAUAGGCUAGGAGUAUCGCUCGACCCAGAGUUGAUCAUUCAAAGUCAUACGCCAUACACACAGCUCGUAAGAGGUAAACAGGAUCAAGAGCCGCUCGAAAAUAAGACAGUUUUAGUAGUGGGCGGGGACGGCGAUAAGUGCCGGGACGUCGCCAAGCAGUAUGGGUUUAAGUCUAUGCUAACACCCGGUGACAUUUUUAUGGCCCAUCCGUCUAUCUGGCCAUUUUCCUCAGCCUUUUCAAAUUAUUAUGAAGGAAUCACGCAACCUCUCACCAACUCGAUAGAUCCAGUUGAUCCAGCCAGGGGUCUCAAGAUUGAUGCCAUCCUUGUCUUCAAUGACCCAAGAGAUUGGGCGCUUGAUAUCCAGAUCAUUAUCGAUCUUCUACUCUCACGGGAAGGCAUUGUCGGCACAGUAUCUGACAAGAACAAUAGGGCUGACCUUCCAAAUCGUGGCUAUCAACAAGACGGCCAACCAGCAUUAUAUUUCUCCAAUCCCGACCUGCUCUGGGCAGCUGGUUACCACCAACCUCGUCUUGGGCAGGGAGGCUUUUGUGCAGCCCUUGAGGGUGUUUGGUCUGCAAUGACCGGCGGAUCUGAGUCCGGCGUGUCACUGCUGAAGACCAUGAUUGGGAAACCACAUAAGUUGACCUACGAUUUUGCCGAGCAAAGAUUAAUAGAGCUAAGGAAUAGGCAUUUCCAGCUCGAUGGUCCGGUUCCAUUGGAGACGAUUUAUAUGAUUGGUGACAAUCCGGAAUCCGAUAUCAGAGGCGCCCAUUCAUACAUCAGCUCUACUGAUGUAAACUGGGUCCCUGUGCUGGUAAAGAGCGGAGUGUACACAGGUGGAACUCCUAGCUGGACUCCGAAGACCAUAGUUGACGGCGUUGGAGAAGCUGUCAAUUGGUCUCUAGCCCAGUCGAAUUGGAAGCGGCACCUCUCAGACAAACAGGUAUAA